CAGUACAGCAUAUUUCAAUGGUUCCCUAUUAGUGGAAAGUACAUAUUUAUCCUUAUAACUUAAAACAAGCAAACAAACGUAGAUGAGAUCUGUCAUUAUCGAUGUCUUCUAUAUCUCAUUGCUAAAAACGUCUACUCUUAUGACAGAACCACAACUUGUAUUUGUUUCGAUGUCAUGUAUCUGCACAACAUAAAGAGUUGUGUGCUACCAGAUCAGAAGCAGAGUUUGGUAACAUCGUACUUGCAGAAUAGCGGCAAAUAUUUCUGGAUUUGGCAACUUCAGGAAAUCGGCAAUCUUCUUAACAACCUUUAUAUAUCUAUUUCUACAGCUUGGAUGGAAAACCUUUUUUGUUGAUCACUGAUGAAGGACCUCUUGAAAAGGACGUUCUUAGGGCGCAAGCCUACGAAAGAAAAUUCAAAUUAGUGACAACAUGAGUACCCUAGACAGAGUAGUUCUGUGUGCUUCGGAAAUAUGUGGAACUGCAAUACUUGUAUUCCUUGGAUGUGCUGGUUGUAUAAAUUUUGGUGUCCCACCGACGCAUUUACAAAUUUGUCUCACAUUUGGACUUGCAGUUAUGGUUGCUGUGCAGUGCUUUGGACAUAUCUCAGGAUCUCACAUAAACCCAGUAGUAACUGUUGCAGCAGCCACAUUGGGCAACAUUCCACUGAUACAAGUGCCCAUUUAUUUCGCUGGUCAAAUGCUGGGGGCACUUUCUGGUUUCGCCUUAGUGAAGUUGGCUACCCCUGCCGAAUAUCUGCCUAGUAACUCUACAGUAGGUUUAUGUUCACCAGAGCUUCAUGAUGGUGUGAGUCCGGUACAGGGCCUUUUGAUAGAAUUCUUGAUAUCUUUAAUGUUGACGCUAGUUUGUUGCGGAGUCUGGGAUAUUAGAAAUAAUACCAAACAUGAUUCAGUUCCUAUUAGGUUCGGACUAACAAUUGCAGUGUUGGCCCUUGCUGGGGGACCUUACACUGGAGCAAAUAUGAAUCCUGCCAGAAGUUUUGCGCCUGCCUUGUUAAAUGGGGAUUGGCAAAACCAUUGGGUGUACUGGAUUGGUCCGUUAGGAGCUGCUUUCAUUGGAGCGUUGUUUUACAGGUUUUUGUUUGGAAAAGAGCCAAUUGAAGAAGAACAGGCAAAUAACGCCGAAGUGAUUCCUUUGAAUGACAAAGCAUAAACUGAAAAUGUUUAUGUAAUUUUUUAUAUAUAGAUGUUUUAAUUGUGUGUGUUUAAAAUUGUUUGCAAAAAGUACCAACGUUGAAGUAGGUAUUAUCUUAGAAAUAAUUACAUUUUUCUGUCUUGCUACAUUUGCUAAAUAUUUUUUUAUGUGUACAUGCUUUAAAUACAAAUAUUUUUGUAUAUGAUGUUGGUAUGGUUAAACCGACCUUAUUCGCCAAUGACAAUUUUUUACUUCUUGUUAGUGUUGUUAUAAAUCACUUACUGCAGUGUUAAAGUCUCUCAAAAACUUAGUAGCUUUUACUAUUUAAAACAUUUAAAAAAUCAUGUGUCAUUAGUUAAUAUGUCAAGCUAUUAUUUUUAACAUAAACGGGGAGUAUUGUUAAAAUGUAAUAAGCCUCAUUAAAAGUGUUAUAAACGUUUUUUGUUUAGGUUAGGGCCCUAUUUUGUAUACGAAAAAUUAACUUUAAUAUUUAAAAUUAUUUUUAAAUCUGUUAAUUAAACUAUUAAAUGAAGACUUUUACCUGCUAAAAUUGCUGAAGUGAAAACUGACUCUAAUUUUUCUAGAUGUUUAAAAAUAAUGAAGCUCUUUAUAGAGUGGGUUCUACGACUCUAUAUUUGCAAAAAUAUGUACCUCAGUAAUACUAUUUUUCACUUUUUUAAAUGACAAGAAAUGUACGGAUUUCCUUUUAGACACGUUUUCAGUUAGCUCAAACAACAAAUCAAUUUCUUUUUAUGAACAUUUCAUGCAUUUUAUACUUAGCUUAGCUGUCACAUGUCUGUGCUCAUUAAUAAUUAUUUGUUUGUAAUGUGAUUUGAUCUUUAUCGAUAUACAAUAUAAGGUAAUACAGUGCAAAGCUUUGUUGAAUGUUUAAAACUUAAUAAAAUUAUAUUUUAUUAUGAAA